AUGAACAUGCAGAUGGCCAUGGAAUUUUGUGGCCGCGAGUACAACCAGACCAACGAGACGACGCGACGGGAGAGGUUCGGGUUCGAGAACGUGUCGCGCCAAGACUUCAUCCAGAACUGCACCAACAUUCUCUUAGCCCAGAGCAGCAACGUCGGCCUCCACGUCAUCCUGCCCUACAGCCUCAUCUUCGUGCUGUCGGUGGUCGGGAACUCGCUGGUCAUCUUGACCUUGGUCCGCCACAAGAAGAUGCGGACCAUCACCAACAUGUACCUGUUGAACCUCGCCAUUAGUGAUCUGCUGUUGGCCAUGUUCUGCAUGCCGUUCACCCUCAUCUCAAUGAUCAUGUCGGAGUUUAUCUUCGGGCAGGUCGUCUGUGUGCUUCUAAGAUACGCCCAAGCCGUGUCUGUGGGGGUAAGCUGUGGUACCCUAGUUGCCAUCUCCCUGGAGAGGUUCUACGCCAUCUGUCAGCCCCUCAAAUCCCGGCGCUGGCAGACCUUGACCCACUCGUACCGGGUCAUCCUGGCCAUCUGGCUGACCUCCAUCACGAUCAUGGUGCCCAUCGCAGUCUUCCAGAAGCUUCAUCAGCUCAAGACUGGGGCCUAUGCAUGCAGGGAGAUCUGGCCUAGCCUGGAGUGGGAGUCCGUCUACCAGGUGUUGCUGGUGGUUGUGCUGCUGGUGGUGCCGCUGUUCCUCAUGGGAUUCUCGUACGCGCGUGUGGCCAGAGAACUCUGGUCUGACGUCAGCAUCACAUCUGCUGAGCCCAGCAGCCCCUUGUCAGAGUCAGACCCCCAGAGAAACUUCGAGAACAAGGAGCGCCAGAACGGGUUCACGACCCCUGUGACCCAGACCCCCCUGAUAACCCGGUCCCACAUCUCUCGCAGCAUCUCGAGCGAGUCCUCUAACGGCAAGCACCACCUGCACAUCCUGCGGCCCGCCCACAACUGCCGCGUGCUGGCCAACAAGAAGCGGGUGGUCAAGAUGCUCUGCGUGGUCGUCCUGGAGUAUUUCGUCUGCUGGACGCCGCUCUUCGUCGUCAACACGUGGUCCGUGCUCAACUACGUCAGCGCCAGACAUCACAUGACCCCGCUCCUCAAAACGACAUUUUUCCUCCUGGCCUACAUGUCGUCCUGCAUCCACCCCAUCACCUACUGCUUCAUGAACAGGCGAUUCCGGCAGAGUUUCGCCGACGCCUUCCGGUGCUGUUUCCGCGGGAAGCUCGCGGCCGCGACGUUCUACAGCGAAGCUUCGAACGCCAACACCGGUUCGGAGAAAGUCGACGGGCGACCCCAUGUUGGUAGAAAUAUUCGAAUCACCUGGAAAAGACAGCCGUGA